AUGCUUUUCCGCCCAGCAACCCUUGUCGCAUUGCUGAUGGCCGCGGCCAAUGUGGCCAAUGGCUUGCAUUUCUACCUGCGCGACGGCGAGCAGGAGUGCUUCUUAGAGGAGCUGCCCAAGGGCGUUCUCAUCACGGGCCACUACAAGGCCGAGGAGUGGCGCGAGGCAGACAAGCGGUACGUCGAGAACCCAGGGAUCACCGUAUCAAUGACAGCGGACGACAACGAGGCAGCUCACCGCGUGAUGAACCAGAAGGGCGGCCACCAGGGCAAGUUCUCUUUCAGCGCAGGCAACCCUGGCGAGCACACGAUCUGCGUGCAAGCGCAUGGGGCGCAGUCUAGCGGCGGCUGGAUGUCAUCGUCAGUGGUCAGGUUUACGCUGGACAUUGAUGUUGGAGAGCCUGAUGAUGGUGGCCGCGAGGCGGUGGAGAAAAUCAAGAGUAUUGCGGAUAAGAUUAAGAUCCUCAAUUCGCAGUUGGAGGAGAUCAAGCUGGAGCAGAAGUACCAGAGGGAGCGCGAGCUUGAGUUUGACGCUGCGACGUCGUCGAUCAAGAAGCGUGUCAUUUAUUGGGCUUUCAUUCAGCUGAGUAUUGUUGGCGCCGUCAGCUACUGGCAGCUGCACCACUUGCGCCGCUUCUUCGAGGCCAAGAAGCUCGUCUAG